CGCCCGGCCGACGUGCUGCUCCCCCGGCGCCGCGCGCCAGCCAGUCAGAAGCGCGGGAUUGGAGGAGGCGCUUCCCCCGCCCGGCGGGCUCUGAGGGUUGACUUGUUAAUUUAGAAUGAAAAGAAUGAAUGGUCUGACUUGAUCCUGAGGGCAAAUAUUGACUCUGGUUUGUAGUUAGGUGGACUUUGUGCUUGAGGUGACAGACCAACAUCACUGAAAAUGGAAAAGGAAGCAUCUGCUGAAGCUCGGAAAACCACCCAAGAAUCUAUAGUUAAAGAAGAGUGUCUCAUUCUAAAGUCAUGAAGGAUUGCUGUGGCUCAAUGGCUUCCUUCCAUUCCACACCUGCUCUGUCAAUAGAUAAAGCAUUAGUGUGAUGUCCUUGGGGUCCUACAAUAAAGCCCUGGCUUCUAUGGGUCACUGGACGAUUGCAGAAAGAAAAUGGGUGAAGCUUGAGCAGACAACUUACAUUGACCCUGAAGGUCAAACAAGAGUAUGGGAAUCUGUGAAGCGUACUACCAGAAAAGAGGGGGUUUCUGCUGAUGGUGUUGCUGUUAUUCCAGUGUUGCAAAGAACUCUUCACUAUGACUGUGUUGUCCUAGUGAAGCAAUUUAGGCCUCCCAUGGGAAACUACUGCUUGGAAUUCCCUGCAGGUCUAAUUGAUAGCAAUGAAACCCCAGAAAGUGCUGCUUUACGUGAGCUGGAGGAAGAAACAGGAUAUAAAGGGGAGAUCCUUGAAUGCUCUCCAGCUUUGUGCUUGGAUCCUGGAUUGACUAACUGUGCAUCACACAUUGCAACAGUCACCAUUAAUGGAGAUAUUCCUGCCAAUCUGAAGCCCAAACAAAAACCAGAGGAAGGAGAAUUUGUAGAAGUUGUUACACUACCAAAGAAUGAUUUAUUGCAGAGAAUUGAGGAGCUGGUGUCAGAGGAGCACAUGAUAGUCGAUGCAAAAGUAUAUGCUUAUGCCUUGGCACUGAGGCACGCAACAGAUCAGCCAUUCCAAGUGCCAUUUAUGAAAUUCUAAGACUGCUUAGUUGUUUGGAAGGAUGUUCCUCCAUUGAGCUAAGGCAGCAUUUCUUUCCUGUGACAGUCAACAAGCCGAAUGAAACAGUAAGCUUUUUAUAAAAAAAGAGAGGACAGUUUAUAGCAGUCUUAACUGGCCUGUUUGUUGAAAAGAAAGAAACAAUUUCACUUAAUUCAAUUUCUGUAUCCAAUUAACUGGAGAUUUCCUGAGAAAAAUAAAUCUCUUACUGCCUUCUGA